AUGGGUGACUACAGACCAGAUGGAUCGGAGGCUCUUGGAGCUCAUGUGCCCAUAGGGACCACGGGGAACGAACUGGGUUCGUCGUCGAGACAAAGCUCCGUGCUCUAUCACCAUCUUCGUCAGCCACCGCUCAAUAUAGUCGGCGGUCGAGGGAGCUGGCUGAUCACCGACUCGGGUCAAGAGAUUCUCGAUGCUACCUGUGGAGCUGCUGUGGCAUGCCUUGGACACAGUGACAAAAGAGUCCACGACGCCAUCAUGGAACAGUUGCAAAAGUUUCCGUAUUGCUACUCGAUGUUCUUUACCAAUAAUGCUGCCGAGGAGCUUUCCAAAAUCCUGGUAGAUUCCACGGAAGGGGUGAUGUCUCGUGCAUAUGUUGUGAGCUCGGGUACCGAAGCAGUGGAAGCAUCGCUGAAAAUGGCCGUUCAAUAUUUCAUGGAGAUGUCUCCAAAACAACCACAGCGGGUCAAUUUCAUUGCUCGGAAACAGUCAUACCACGGUAAUACACUCGGCUCUCUAUCCGUGGGUCAUCACCUGGGCCGUCGAGCAUUGUACGAAAAGAUCUUGGCCAAAAAUGUGCAUCAUGUCUCGCAGUGCUAUCCCUAUCGAGAGAUGAGGGAUGAAGAGUCCAUGGACACAUAUGUGGCUCGGCUCGCCCAAGAAUUGGAAGAUAAAUUCCAAGAGCUCGGUCCGGACACUGUAUGCGCUUUUGUCGCGGAGACCGUGACCGGUGCGACACUGGGCUGCGUUCCGGCUCUGCCAGGAUACUUGAAGGCCAUGAAGGAGGUUUGCCAGAAACACGGAGCUUUGCUGAUCCUGGAUGAAGUCAUGUGUGGCAUGGGGCGCACAGGCACGCUGCACGCUUGGGAGCAGGAAGAUGUUACUCCAGACCUGCAAACGGUAGCCAAAGGCCUCGGAGGGGGUUAUGCCCCAAUUGCCGCUCUUCUCGUAAACCGUCGCGUUGUGGAUACCUUGAGCCAGGGCUCAGGCGCCUUUUCCCACAGCCAGACAUAUCAGGGACACCCUGUGUCGUGUGCUGCAGCCUGUAAGGUACAGAAGAUUAUUCGAGAUGAUCACUUACUCGCCAAUGUCCGCGAGAUGGGUGAGUAUCUGGGACAGCUGCUUCAUGAGACUUUCGAUAAGUACGCUCACGUGGGUGAUAUUCGAGGACGAGGGCUCUUCUGGGCUAUUGAGUUUGUCCUGGAUAAAGAGACCAAACAGGCUUAUCCGCCUUCGCAAGCGGUUGCCUGGACGAUACACAAAACCGCUCUGUAA